AUGAACAGACGACGACGCUCGCGAGAUACUCAUACCCCAGAACAAACCCACUUUUCACCGCAUCCUUACCCUAAGAACAACUCUCCUGCACGAAAAGAAACAACUACACCACCACGAAACAAGGUCACAUUUGCUCCCCUACCCCCACAACAUAUUAAAACAAACAUCUAUUUUCAAUAUCAGGCAGAUUCAGACAUCAUCAGCAAUAGUACGGUAAGCACGAAUACCCGCUUAAUGGUCAUACAAGUCCAAGCUGAAAACGAACUCAACAACAAAAUGGAACAUGCCUACGCCAUACUAGAUUCGGCGUCAGAUCAGUCGUUCAUACCCUCCUCCUUAGCAAGCCGACUACAACUAGACACUGAAUACGAAACGAUCAUAAACGUAAACACAUUCGGUGGACGCGCUGAAGUUAAAAAAGUAAAACACAUUACAGUCGCGCUCCUCAACGACAACGGCCAUUCAAUAGAAGUAUCCUUACUUACCGUUGACACGUUAACACAUAUACUCACACUACCACAACUUCCGAUGGAAGACCAACUCUUCCUAUCACAAACACACCCUCACUUGGAGAAAGCAUUAUCUCAAGAUUCUUCCAUGGAUAUUAUCCCCGAUAUCCUAUUAGGAAUCGAUUACAUUCACAAAAUACUACUCACUAAUGAACCCAUAAUUUCAUUACCCUCAGAAUACUUCGUAACACCUACUAUCUUCGGUCCUGUAAUAUCAGGAAACUCUCGCAACCAUUACACUCAUCCAACAAAACUAUGCCAACAUAUAAACACCAUCGAUCUAUACACAACGACAACACACACAGACUACUCAGAUCUUUGGAAACUACCUGGUAUAGGCACAGAAGAACUACAAACUGAUGAAGAACUCAACAGACAAAUUAUUUCCGACUUCUACUCCACAGUACAAGACGUAAAUGGUAAAAUCCACAUUGAGUUUCCCUGGAAACCUAACAAAUUCCGCCUAGAAAACAACUAUAACCUUGCUCUCAGCAGUUUACACCAGCUAUAUAAAAUGAAAGACAAAAAUCCUAAAUGCUGGGAAGAAUACUGUGCCAUCAUUAAAAAACAACUUGGUAAAGGAUUCGUAGAAGACAUCCCCGCUGAAUCGCAACCUUCCGGUCCCAUAUACUAUAUACCCCAUCAAGCAGUGAUAAAGUCCACUAGUGCAACUACUAAGACCAGAAUCGUGCUCGAUGCCCCAUCAAAAAUGAAAGGUCAAUUGAGCCUUAAUGACGUUAUCUACCAGGGACCUUUGAUCUUAUCCAAUUUAUGUGGUAUUCUUUUACGAUCACGACUCGGCUCCAAGAUACUGAAAGCCGACGUAGAAAAGGCAUUCCAUAUGAUUUACCUACAAGAAUCAGAACGUGACUUCGUUCGAUUCUUAUGGUUAAAAGACGUUAACGUAAAUCCUACACUGAAUAAUAUACGCAUACUCCGCUUCUGCAGGCUCCCAUUCGGCAUUAACACUUCACCAUUCCUGUUGGGUAUAUCAAUACAAUAUGGACUCGAACAACAAAAACACGAGGAUAAACUAACCAUCAAACAAUUAAUCGAGAAUUUAUAUGUGGAUAAUAUCCUGAUGUUAAACUUAUGGUUACAGUCCCUUCUCAACACCUAUCAUACUUGUAAAAAGAUCUUUGCUAACAUGUCCAUGGAUCUUCGGCAAUUCAUAACAAAUGAUGAGAAUUGCAACUCACACAUAGCUGACGAAGACAAAAUACCAACCUCUUCUGUCAAAAUUCUAGGUAUUCCUUGGGACUACACAAAAGAUACUUUUACACUCUCAUGUAAGUUGACACAGCAAAUCCGACAAAACGUAAAAUUCUUCAAGCCACACAUUCUACUUUCGACCCUCUUGGAUUUCUGUUACCCAUUCUCCUUCCAGCAAAACUUCUUCUCCAGGAUCUAUGGAAACAAAAACAAAAUUGGGACGAGCUACUCCCUCAGGAAUACAAUAAAGUGUGGCACAACAUAUGCGAGCACGCGAACGGUUUCACAGUUCAAUUCCCCAGGAACGUUCUCAGUCCUCAAGACCAUACCCAAUACUCAAUUCACUCAUUCGUNGACGCCUCUAUUCGAGCAUACGCAACAGUAG